AUGAAAGUCUUGAGUUUAUUUGCAGGUUUGGCAACUGUGGCCGGAAUUGCCUUGGGAGUUGAAUUCACUCAAGAGUAUGGUGGUGAAGGUCCAUACAAGCCAAGCCCUGCAUUGGUUGAAGGAAGUGCCCAAUCUGGAGAUGUGAUUGAUUUCAAAGGAUACGAUAAUGGGACUGAAGCUAUUAAACAGUUUAUGCCUGAAAUGAAGGAUAAAAGGGCUCAAUUUGUUGGGUUCACAGCAUUUUAUCAUAUAGAUGGAUAUGAAACCCUUAAUCCUCGUGAGUUUGCCGAAUUUAAAAAUGGUCAAGUUGUUGAUAUUGUAUACGAAUUGGUCAAUAAGGAAGAAGAGUCGGUUAUUAUUGUUGCCGGGACUGGGGGAGUUAUACGUGAUGUGAAUGACUUAACUGUUAAGGCCAAUAUUUCUAUAACUCCAUUGGAAAGAAAGAUUAGAUUAGAUCCUGGUGAUAAACAUAAAUUGAUUCAAAAAGUUGAAAUCCACUUGGAGCCUCAAGCUUAUAUUUUCACCCCUCAAUUGUAUAUUAUGGUUAAUGAACAACCUCGGAUGGUUCAAGCCAGAGCUCAGAUGAUUAAUGUUGAAGAUGAAGAACUUUCAGUGAUUGACCCUCAAUUUCUUCUGUUGGAAUUGCUCUUGGUUGUUUCAGUACUUGGGUUAGCAUAUCUUGGCUAUGAACUUUGGGGGAAGUCAUAUAUCCAAUCAAGAUUGAGGGGGUUCAGGACCCUGACACAAACAUCUAAGAUUAAGAAUAAGUUGCUGAAAAAACAGUCACAAGUUAAAAGCAAAGAUUGGAUUCCAGAUUCGCAUUUAAGAAAUAGAAAGAAGAAUUAA